CAUCGCCCGGAUCCAGCCCGCCAUUUCUCGCGAACCCGGUUCGUACUUCUUCCUUGCGAAUUGUACCGCCGUCGACACCGACGAACAUUUGGUGCAAUGCGAGACUGUAACUGAUGGAUUGGACACUGUGGAGCCAUGGAAGUUUAAAAUAUCGUAUGAUAAGUUGAUUAUAGCGUUGGGGUCGCAGCCACUGACUUUUGGGAUUAAUGGAGUCAAAGAGCACGCCAUUUUUCUUCGUGAGGUUUAUCAUGCCCAGGAAAUUCGUCGGAAGCUGCUUCUCAACUUGAUGCUCUCUGAUGUUCCAGGCAUCUCAGAGGAAGAGAAACUCCGGCUUCUACACUGUGUUGUGGUUGGAGGGGGACCAACUGGAGUUGAAUUCAGUGGGGAGCUUAGUGAUUUUAUUAAGAGGGAUGCUAGUCAAAGAUAUGCCCAUGUGAAAAACUAUAUUCGAGUUACUCUGAUUGAGGCAAAUGAGAUAUUAUCUUCCUUCGACGAUCGCCUCCGGCACUAUGCUACUAAACAAUUGACUAAGUCAGGAGUUCAACUCGUACGCGGGAUCGUCAAAGAUGUUACUCCUCAGACCAUCAUUCUCGAUGAUGGCUCUAAGGUUCCUUAUGGGUUGUUAGUUUGGUCUACUGGUGUUGGUCCCUCACCCUUUGUAAAUUCCUUGGAAGUUCCAAAGUCUCCUGGUGGCAGGAUCGGUAUAGAUGAAUGGUUACGUGUUCCUUCUGUGGAAGAUGUGUUUGCAAUAGGCGAUUGCAGCGGGUUCCUAGAGAGUACAGGGAAACCGGCUCUUCCAGCUUUGGCCCAGGUAGCAGAGCGCCAAGGCAAAUAUCUUGCAGCCCUGCUGAAUAAGAUUGGUAGAGAAGGUGGGGCACGAGCGGGUAGUGCGAAAGAGUUUGAACUCGGAGCGCCAUUUGUCUACAAGCACCUAGGAAGUAUGGCAACUAUUGGAAGAUACAAGGCUCUGGUCGACCUUAGGCAGAGCAAAGAAGCAAAGGGGAUAGCCAUGGCAGGGUUCCUCAGUUGGUUCGUUUGGCGUUCGGCUUAUCUAACGCGGGUCAUAAGCUGGAGGAAUAGAUUGUAUGUUGCAGUGAACUGGGCAACAACGUUUAUCUUCGGUCGCGAUAUAAGCAGAAUAUAGAUUUGGAAGUAAAAUCUCUCCAUCUCACAGUGGUGAAUUGUUCACCAAUAUAAAACGUCUUGCUCUGGAUCUGCAGUAAAACUAUCCGAUUCUUGUAAUUCACAUAAAAAUCUGAAUGAUGGCAGCCAUAGUGCAAUUCCUCAUCAGAAGCUCACUGUACAGUUUAUUUCCACCAACUGUUAUUUUGGGUUAAAUUGAAAGCAAUGUUGCAUGUUGAGAGAAAUUCUCAAUUUGUAGAAUUAUAAGCUUCGUCCCAACAAAUGCUUUUCAAUAAAGUUUCAUCAUUGGCCGCUA